AUGGCGGCCACGCGGUCUUUGAUGCGAUUUGGAAGCAGCCGCUCUCUGGGCGCUGCUUCGAGAUCAGCAGUAUGCGUUCGUGCCUUUUCUUCGACGCAAUUUCGUCAGCUCGAUAAGGAGGAUCCUGUUCCGAAUAUGAGACUCGCAGCACGUCCUCCUCAAGGAGAGCUUCACGCUCCCAUCGUCAACCCUGCCGACAAGUACAAGGACCAGGCCGACGCCAUGCACAAAUACGGCCAAUACAUCAUGUCCUGCCUUCCCAAAUACGUCCAACAAUUCUCCGUUUGGAAGGACGAGCUCACCGUUUACGUUCCUCCAUCCGGUUUGAUCCCUGUCAUGACAUUCCUCAAGUACCACACUGCCGCCGAGUACACCCAAAUCUCCGAUAUAACUGCGGUCGACUAUCCCACUCGCGACCAACGAUUCGAGGUUGUCUACAACAUGCUCAGUGUCCGCCACAACUCUCGUAUCCGCGUCAAAACAUACUGCGAUGAGGCACAGCCCGUCCCCAGUGUGACCAGUCUCUUCGAUGGCGCCCUUUGGUACGAACGUGAAGUUUACGACAUGUUUGGCGUUUUCUUCACCGGUCAUCCCGAUCUCCGCCGUAUGUUGACCGAUUAUGGAUUCGACGGUCAUCCUCUCCGCAAGGACUUCCCAUUGACUGGAUAUACCGAAAUCCGAUAUGACGAGGAGAAGAAGCGUAUUGUGUACGAACCUCUUGAGCUUACGCAGGCAUUCCGUAACUUUGAGGGAGGUACCUCUUCCUGGGAACAGGUUGGUAGCGGUACCGACCGCACUCCUGACUCUUUCAAACUUCCCACUCCCAAGCCGGAGGAGAAGCCAGCAGAAAAGAAAUAG